CAAACAAUACAAUACAAAUCAUUCUCAUCUUAAGUUUUUUUUAGCCUUCUACUUUCAAGCCUUUCAACAAGGCAAUACAGAAUCACAAAUAAUUAACUUCCAAAGAAAAAUGGGUUACUGGUCAGCUGAAAAUGCCACUGAAGCCUAUAUCAACACAAUGAAAAUGGGUAAACGAGCAAACGAAACAGACGUAGCCGAGUUCAUCUCAGCGAUUGCAGCUGGAAACAACGCUCAAUUGGUAGUGGUUGCCUGUGCCUCCACAGCCGGUUCUACCACCUUGGGUCUCAUUUCUGCAUGCCAUCAAACCGGUGGACGGCUAAUAUGCAUUGUCAAAGGACUAGAUGAACUUAAAUCCUCAAAACAAGCACUUGGUUCAAAUGCAGCUAACCAAGUUGAAUUCAUAGUAGGAAAUGCUCAAAUUUUGUUAUCGAACGACUACAAGACCGCAGAUUUCGUGGUCAUAGAUUGUAAUCUGGAGAACCAUGAAGGGAUUUUAAAAGCUAUACAAAAUGACAGAGAAAAAAGUACAAUUGUAUUGGGUUAUAACGCGUUUUGGAAAGAUUCGUGGGUGUGGAGCAGAUCAAAUAGUCAUAUGUUGCCAAUUGGAGAAGGAUUGUUGCUAAUGAGAGUUGCUGGAAAAGGUGAUCAUCACCAAUGUGGUCGAAAGAACGUUGGUGGUCAUAACGCUGGAAGGCGGAGCCAUUGGGUGGUCAAAGUAGAUAAGUGCACCGGUGAAGAACAUGUUUUUAGGAUCAAAUCAUCAGGUGGUAGUGUUGUUAAAUGCUAAAAAAAAGCAUGAACAAGUUUUCUACAUAUAUUCCUGUAUUUUUGUUGUUAAGAUUGCAUAUGCCAAAUCUUAAUCUUCUAAAAUGUAUAUAAAUAUUUAAUAGUUAACUAUUUUAUAUAUAUAGCUCA